GCCAAGACGAAGGGGAACAAUGUGGGUUUGGGGGUGAAGUAUGCGGAGAAGCAGCAGCGUCGCUUCCAGCCUGAGAAGCUGCGCGAAGGCAGGAACAUCAUCGGCCUCCAGAUGGGCACCAACAAGUUUGCGAGCCAGCAGGGCAUGACAGCAUACGGCACGCGGCGGCACCUCUACGACCCCAAGCUGGGGACAGACCAGCCCCUGGACCAGGCCACCAUCAGCCUCCAGAUGGGCACCAACAAGGGGGCCAGCCAGGCGGGGAUGACGGCGCCAGGGACCAAGCGGCAGAUCUUCGAGCCGGCGCUGGGCAUGGAGCGCUGCGACACAAACAUCAUUGGGCUGCAGAUGGGCAGCAACAAGGGCGCCUCACAGCAGGGUAUGACGGUGUACGGGCUGCCGCGGCAGGUCUACGACCCCAAGUACUGCGACGCGCCUGGGCUGCUGGGCGAGGACGGCCUCAACCACAGCUUCUACAACUCCCAAUAACCCCGCCGGAGCCCACCCCACACCCCCUCCCCACGGCCGCUUGCACCUCCCCAUGCUGGGGAUGCACCGCACCGGCCUCACCGCACGCCCGGGGCUGCUGGGAAGGGGCCAGUGGGGGGGCCCCGGAGCAGGGAACCUUGAGCUGGGGGGCCCUGGCCCGGCCCCGCUGCUGCCCCACACAUGUGAAGCCACCGAGGCACAAUAAAACCCACACGCAAACCCA